AUGAACCCACUCUCAACUGCAGCCCUGGGCUAUUCUCUGGGUUACUUCAGCACCGACUUGGUCAUGCUCUACGCCCACUACCCGGAUUUUGGAGGGGCGGAGAUGGGGCUGCACCACGUGGCGGCUUGGAUGUCGAUUGCUGUGUCUGGCAUCCACGAGGAGGGUCACCUCUACACCCUGGCGCUCCUCGGCACGGAGUGCACCACGCCCUUCAUCAACGCGAGGUGGAUGCUGGAUGCCGUGGGCUUGAGGAGCUCGCGCGUCUACCUGGUGAAUGGUCUGGCCUUGGUGGCAGACUGGUUUGUCAUCCGCAUCCUACUCUUCCUCUGGUUCUUCGCGCACAUGUACACGCAUUCAGAUGAGAUAUAUCUGGUCUCCGUGCCGUGCAUCCUCCUCCUCUUUACUGUGCCGGUGCUGCUCUUCACGCUCAAUCUCUUUUGGUUCUUCAAGAUCCUGGCUGGUGCACGGAAGCUGCUUUUCGGCGGACGAGACAGGACUCUGAAGCCAGAGGAGUUGGACUCCAGCAUUGGCGCAGCGUUUGGCGCGCCCAGGCAUGAUGUUAGCAAAGAUAAGGAUCUUUAG